GGUUGGAAGAAGUUCUUCCAAUAACUAGCGAAAACAUGGUUGAUUUUUCUAAGUUCCUUUCAUCUUCUUCUUCUGCUAAUGAUUUUCUCACUUCCUCACUGCUUCGUUUCACUGUAUCAUUGUUGUUCGUUUGCUGCAAAACAAAGGGUUUGCUGAUACUACCCCCAAAUGUUACGGUUCCAGCAGUGUUUGUGUUUGGAGAUUCAGUGGUUGAUACAGGCAACAAUAACAACAGAAGAACAUUUGCUCGCUCCAAUUUCCCUCCGUAUGGGAAAGACUUUGAAGGAGGCAUUCCCACUGGCCGAUUUAGCAAUGGAAAGGUUCCAUCAGACCUUAUAGUUGAAGAAUUGGGCAUUAAGGAGCUUCUGCCAGCAUAUCUGAGUCCAAAUUUGAAAUCUAGUGAUCUGGUCUCAGGGGUCUGCUUUGCUUCAGGUGGCUCAGGAUACGACCCUUUGACAUCAACAUUAGAGUCAUCCAUGCCAUUAUCCGGUCAACUAGACUUGUUCAAAGAAUACAUAGGGAAGCUAAAAGGACUGGUUGGACAGGACAAAGCAAACUUCAUCUUAGCCAACAGUCUUUUUAUUGUGGUUGCUGGUAGCAGUGACAUUUCUAAUACCUAUCGCACUAGACAGCUCCUAUAUGAUAUUCCUGCAUACACGGAUCUUUUGAUCACCUCAGCUUCUAAUUUCUUAACGGAAAUAAAUGAACUGGGUGCACGUAGAAUUGCAGUGUUCAGUGCACCACCAAUAGGGUGUCUGCCAUUUCAGAGAACAGUGGGCGGGGGAAUAGGAAGGAGGUGUGCAGAAAGGCCGAACGAGGUAGCCAAGUUAUUUAACACGAAACUAUCAAAGAAACUGGAUUCGCUUAAUCGGAACUUUCCCAAUAGCAGGAAUAUUUACAUUGAUGUUUACGACCCUCUGCUCGAUAUCAUCGUCAACUACCAAAAAUACGGCUAUAAAGUUGGGGACACGGGAUGCUGUGGCACAGGCAGGAUAGAGGUUGCAAUAUUGUGCAACCGUUUCGCUUCCACUUGUCCCGAUGUUCUUGAUUACGUCUUUUGGGACAGUUUUCAUCCCACCGAGAGCGUUUACAAGAAGCUCAUAGCUCCUAUUCUUCAAAAAUAUCUCUAUAAAUUCGAGUGAGGUACGAGUUUUUAAGAAAUAAAACCUCGAACUUAUGGGCCCUUCAGGCUUGUUAAUUUCCCACUGAGCUCUUGGGUCUAAAUAAUUAUUUGUUCGUGUGUUUGUGGGUAACUUUGGUAACUUAAUUGAAACCUUUGAUUUAGGGUUUAAUUCACGAAGGAAACUACUUCCUCCAGGGCUUAACAUGUCAAUAAUAUAUAGCUUGAGACAGACC